GCUAUCAAGGCGUUAUCGCCGCUCUCGUUCAGGUCACCAUUCUUUAGUUUGUUGGUGGAAACUUCACUCUUGGCAUAGAUUACUACCUGUACAAACUGAUAAUCCUCAGUGUAUAACCGGUCUCUCAUGGCUACGUUGGGCAUCGUUAGGCUAGUAGGAGCAUGCGUGAUUCUCUCUCUAGGUGGUGGGGAAAACAUUGCUCUCCACAAACAAACAUGGAUGAGUAGUACCAGGAGAGUACAAUAUUCCAGAAGAGCGGUAGAUGGGGUGACUGACGCAUAUAACGAGUCAUUAACAAUCCACACCUCGUUGCGUGAGCCUAAUGCUUGGUGGAAGGUUGAUCUCGGGACGGAGGUUCAGUCUCCAUUGAUCAUCAUCUACUUCAGAACUGACUACAAAGUCCGCCGUAAUGGGUUACAAUUUUAUGGCUCUGUUACAAGUUCUCUUGCUCCAAAAAACGGAAGUCUGUUUUACACGGUCAGGGGACGUAGAGACGGUCGAGAUAUUGCUGAUAUUCUAAACGUUACCUGUAACGAAAGCUUUCGCUUCCUUACUAUUUACACUGAGACAACCAAUGAUAACGGUGGCCCUGUGUUGGACUUUGCGGAAGUAGAAGUUUGGAAUACUUAUCAAUCACAGAGCCCAUUCACAGAAGAUGACGAUGAUGAUACGCACUCAGAUUAUGAUACAAUACAAACUUUGAUCUCAGGUAGUGGUCUAAACGUUGCUCUGCAUAAGCGAACAUCCAUGAGCAGUACCAGGAGAGUCCAAUAUUCCGCGCGAGCUGUUGACGGACAAACUGAUGGUACCGACGAGUCAUUGACAAUCCACACCAAGGAAGACGAACCCACUGCAUGGUGGAAGGUCGACCUGAACGUGGAGGUACAUUCUCCCAUGAUCAGGAUCUUCUUCAGAUUUGACUACCCACGACGGCGUAAUGGCAUACAGUUCUACACAUCACGCACGGAUUCCACUAACCCCAAGGAAGGGGAUCUUUGCUACACUGUCACAGGACGUGCCGACUGUAGGGACAUAGCGGACAUACUGUAUGUGAACUGUUCUGGAGUCUGGCGCUACUUGACUAUCUAUACCGAAACAGAUAACGACGGAGAUGGCCCUGUACUAGACUUUGCAGAAGUAGAAGUGUGGAUUCCAAAACCAACGCUUACGACAGUCACCCCAGGUUGCACGGAAGGACUGUGGUAUGGACCCGACUGUAGGAAGUCAUGCGCUGCACGUCACUGCAAGAUAAAGUCCAGUUGUGAUGUGACACAAGGCACGUGUGACGGUGGAUGCAAGCUUGGCUGGCGUGGAGCUGACUGUACACAGGUUCCAAAACCAACGCUUACGACAGUCACCCCAGGUUGCACGGAAGGACUGUGGUAUGGACCCGACUGUAGGAAGUCAUGCGCUACACGUCACUGCAAGAUAAAGUCCAGUUGUGAUGUGACACAAGGCACGUGUGACGGUGGAUGCAAGCCUGGAUGGCGUGCAGCUGACUGUACACAGGUUUGCCCAGCUGGUGUGUAUGGUGUGGAUUGCAGCAACGGCUGUGGUAGAUGUGGUAACAACAGUUUGUGUCACCACGAGACCGGAAGUUGUCCGGAUAGAUGCGAGGCAGGAUGGCAGCUGGAUCUGUGCAAAGACGCCUGUCCUAACGGGAAGUACGGGUUGAACUGUGUGGCACAAUGCGGUCACUGUAACGGGAGCUGUGACGUUGUGGACGGGAGAUGUCUCCAGGGAUGCACACAUGGAUACAGAGGUCCUCGCUGUCUCCGUGUUAUAGAAUCAAAGAAGAAACUUCCCAACAAAAUGACCCAUUCGUUUACAAAGAUAACCGGUCUAGGUGUUCUCAUUGGUGGGCUUGUUGGAGUGGCGCUGACACUUAUCUUAGCGCUUGGAGUGUACCUGUGUUUACAUUGUAGACCAUGCAAGAAUCACAGGUCUGUGAAGGAAGAGGAAACUAAAGACACAGAUAAAUCGCUGACUGAAGUCACUGAAAAAUCGCUGACCAUAAACAAGAGAAUCGAGACCUGUGUCUAG